CCUUCAGAGCUGCCGGGGCUGUGAAGGAGAUCACUUACCUGUGGGCAACUGAAAUUUCAAACUUCUACUUGAGCAGGGGCGCGAGCAGAUCCCGCUGCCUGCGAAUUGAGCCCAGCGACGGUCCUCGUCGCUGGCCUUUCUUGUACUUUCUAUCCCUCUAUUUUAUUUUAUUUUAUUUUAUUUUAUUUUAUUUUAUUUUAUUUUAUCUUUUCUGGGGGACGUGGGAGAGGGCAGCCCUCGGCUGCACCCCAGCCAUGAAGCUGCAGAAGAAGUGCGGGCUGAUGGUUCUCCUCCUGCUCACCGUCCUCUUCCAGACCCCGGAGUCCUACUCCACGAACGCCUAUGUCACCGUCACCUACUACAACCAGAGCAGCAACCACUCCACCACCGAGGUGUGCGAGUGCGGGAUCUACGGCUUGGCGUCUCCCGUGGCCAACGCUGGCGGCACGGUGGGCAUCCCCAAGAGCUUCAACUACCAGGCCUGUGACCCCCACACGGAAUUCACCUAUAGCGACACACCCUGGAUCGCUCUCAUCGAGCGGGGCAACUGCACUUUCUCCGAGAAGAUCCAGACCGCCAACCGGAGGGGGGCGGAGGCCGCGGUGAUCUACAACGUCCCGGAGUCGGGCAACGAGACCCUCCAGAUGGCCAAUUUCGGUGCAGGAGACAUUGUCUCAAUCAUGAUAGGCAAUCUGAAAGGCACCAAAAUUUUGCAGUCUAUUCAAAGAGGCAUCCAAGUCACCAUGGUCAUUGAAGUAGGGAAAAAACACGGCCCCUGGAUGAAUCAUUAUUCGAUCUUCUUUGUCUCUGUGUCCUUCUUCAUUGUGACGGCUGCAACGGUGGGCUACUUUAUCUUCUAUUCGGCUCGAAGACUAAGGAAUGCCAGGGCUCAAAACCGGAAACAGAGACAACUGAAAGCGGAUGCUAAAAGAGCUAUUGGGAAGCUUCAGCUACGGGCUCUGAAACACGGAGACAAGGAAACUGGACCUGAUGGAGACAGCUGUGCCGUGUGCAUUGAAAUAUUUAGACCAAAUGACAUCGUGCGCAUAUUAACAUGCAACCAUCUUUUCCACAAGACCUGUAUUGACCCUUGGCUCUUGGAACACCGGACUUGCCCCAUGUGCAAAUGUGAUAUCCUCAAAGCUUUGGGGGUUGAGGCUGAUGUUGAAGCGGGAACUGUGUCGUUCCAAACCGCUGGAUCUAACCCUAACAUCAAUGGAUCACCAGAGUCUUAUUCCCCUCGUGAGGAGGAUAGCCACAGCGAGACAGCCUCUUCUGGAUGUUUCAUGGUACCCUCACGAUGUGAGGAGAAAGCGAGGAAGGCUUCCAGCACGUUGGGUGGACCCCCCUGUGGAGAACUUUUGGGAGAACCUGGACCGAGUCUCUCAGGAUGGGCAGAUGAUCACCUACGUCUAGUGAACCACGACGCAAGUUCUGUGGCAGUGGAUGUCCUUCCCCAGCUUGACAACCCCGCAUUUGAAGCAGAUGAGCCUUCCACUCUCGAGGCUCCCAUUCAUCCAAUUAAGUCCUGAAAUGUGUACCAGUGGAAAACUUGAAGCUUUGGUUAAAGAUAGAAUUGCCAACCAGAGUACAUUUUGCUAUUAAUGACCUGGUUUAACAUAGCAGCAGGGAUACUGGAAAUGUUAAGAUUAUUUAAUAGAUCAUGCUUCAAUGGCUCAUCAUAUUUAACCUAUUAAACUAUCUCAUUUUCCACCAGCUCAUGUUAACACUUCAUAGGUAAGAUUCCUCUCAACAGUUUGUGAUGGAGACUUUCAGCGUUCAGGAGAGCUUUUCAAAGGAUUGUUUUUGCAUUAGCAACAAUUUUCUUAAGAAAAAGUUGACGUUUAAAUAUGGAGCAGCUAAAAAUUAAAUCGCUUACGGUAGCUCCUCGCUUUAAUUAGAAAAAAAAUCCGUCGGAGACUAUAAAGACAUCAGUUUUUUCUCCAAAUGGUUCUAUUGAUCUGAUCUUAAAAUCAAUGCAAGCAUUAGAUAAAUAACUAUUUAAUGAAACGCCUACUUUAAGCCACAUUAAAUGCAUAGCCACAUAAAUUGAUCAACUUUCAAAUUCAAGUUCAGUCCCCGUUUAGUAAUUUCUGGUUCUCAAAAGCAGGUUAAUCAGAAAUUCACGAGCGAAAUGUCUAUUAUCAGACACAGAUGAACUCACUAACAGAAUCUGGAAGAAUCUGGCAUAUGAUUUACUAGUCAAAAUUUUACUAAAAGAAAAAACCCUUUAGGAAAAAAAAAAUCUGAUUCAGUUCCACAGUAUGUCAAUUCACAAACUGUGUACCCAUCCCAAACUUGACCUAUGAGAUUUUUUAAAAGCACACUAUAUAAAUUGGCACAAAAUUUUAAAUAUGAGUAUAGGAGAGUAUGACAGUUCAGUAUAUUCAUUUUAGUCUGCAAGAAUGAGUCUACAAAAUGGCUUAUGUAGAGAGUGGUUCUUGGAGGUGGUGACAUUCAAUUUGACUUCACUGAGUUGAAGUUGUGACAUUGAAACCGAAAUUCUUUAAUGUAGCUAUACGCUUGUUAGAUAGAUUUUCUUGAAGUUUGAGGGAGAAGGGAGAGGACGCCAGGUGCCUUAAUAUAAAGUUUGCUUCAUCCACCAAAGCUAACUAGUGAGACUUUAAAAUGCACUUUAUUUUUAUUCUCUGUGGCUUAACUUUUACUUUAGAAUGUUUCGCUUGUUUUUUAACCCCAGUACUGACGCUUGCAGAAUUUCACCAACUAACGUAUUUUGUUCAAUGUAUUUGAUAUGAAUGAAAUCAUCACAUUCUAACUUGAUAUUGUGAUUGAAGUACUGUAAAUACGUUCAUGAUUUGUAUUGACUUUCUUGGAAACUAAUGUAAAUAAGAUAAUAAACG